GCCGCGGGACCAACGUCGAUAGCAUCACAAACUGAAACCAUCCUCAAGAAAGUCGCAGAACAGUCAAGCAGGAAACAAUGGCCCCAGAUAAAGAACUGAUUCGCAAGUGGAUCUCAUCCAGUGUUGCAUCGACUUCUGGAAUGGAUGACGAGGACGAAGACGGCAUACCCGUAUCAGACAGGCUCACCUGGGAGGUGGCCAUGCAGCAAGCUCGGCCAAAAAUCAUUACUACCAAGUUGUCAAUCAGAAUUCCGUUCCUAAGGGACGAGUUACUUCCCCUGUUACGGCGGGAUAAGUCUCCUUCGAUCUCGGAAGCAUCCGGAUUACUCAAGGUGUUAUUCCAAACAAUUCCUAGAUACGAUGAUACCGACUCGAGGAAAGCUGCCAUCUCUGUACUGAUCGCUCUGAUCGAAGAGAACGACGAAAUAUCCCUCGAAUCCUCCUCCUUAGGACUCAGAAGCACUGUCAUCAAGUGGCUCUCUCAGGAAGCCUCCAAGUCAUGCGGCAAAUCUCACGGCGGGGCUUGCAGCGCGACUAGUACUCGUUUGGCUCUUCUCGUGUGGACGGCUUCACUGCUCGAAAACUCAUUUUCACACCCGCCCAGCCAAUCGUCCCAAGAUUCAACAUCAAUCUCCACCUUGGUCAAUGCUCUCGGUGCCCUAUUGGACUCUUUGCAAGAUCCUCAGGAUAAUCGACCCGCCUUCCAAAAGUCUGGCACUGUGAUUGUGAGAAGAACAAUCAGGAACAAUCAAAAAGAAAUUCCCAGGCUUUUUGAUAUUUUGACCUCCUCAACCUCCGCCAGCGUGAAUGCCAGCUUUCUUGGCGUGGUCAUCGACGUUUCUCUCAGACUGAGGGUCGGGAAAGAACCUAUAAAAGGUGCUCGCGAUGGGGUAGGCGUGGGUUACAUCAUGGCCUUCAAGAACCAAAUCCUCGAUUGGUGGAUUACCCAAAUCUUGGGCUCCCGUUCUAUACUACCUGCGUGGACGACAUCUGCAUUCCGUGAUUUUUCCCAGCAAAUUUUAACUCCGGACGACUUUACUCAGACAGUAAUCCCGCCUGCCACCAAAUUUCUCUUACGCUCUCCAGAGGUUGCCUUACCAGCUUUGACGCAAUUCAUAAGUAUGUCGACCUUUCGGCUCCCAGGAGAGAUCGGCAUCACAUUUCUGCCUGCUAUUCUAUCCUCUAGUAAAAGCAGCAAUCCAGAGACCAGGAAAUCUUCCUUGUCAUUCUUUGAAACGCUUUUUGGGGAUGAAGAUUCUGAUGUUCUCCUCAAAGUAGUCGAAGAGAUUAGCUUGCCAAUCAAGACCGGCAAAACUUCAAGUCCUGAGCACCGUGCAACACUGCUGAAUGCACUAGCCUCCUUGAAGCCCAAUGCAUCAUUCUCGCCUUCCUUAAUCAAGCUAUGCUGCGACCUGCUCGGCAAGGAGACCAACGAAAACGCUCUUAUGAGUGUCGGUGCGACCAUCCACCGUCAUCUCAAGUUUCUGAUUGAUGCCGGUUUUGAAAUAGACCCGGCUGCCGUUCAGGCUAUUAGUAAGAGUAUGCAAGAUCCCAAGCCGUUAAUCCGAAAAACAGUAUGUUCAGCGAUUGGACUUUCAUUAUGGCGGCCUAGUCAAGUCAAUCCUCAAGCUCCCGAAGACACAAAACCUCAAGUUUCUGAAGAUACCCCCCAGCAGGUGCUGAUCCACCCUUCCUUCCUAGUCUCACUAACGAAAGCGUUCGAGGCUAAUCUCAAAAACGCCUCAACCAACCCUCUUGCAUCUGCUGGAGGCCCUUUCGAGGGCUAUGUUGCUGUGGCCUUGUGCGGCUCGUCGCUCCUUCGUCAUUACGCUGGCAUUCAAACCAUGUGGGAGAAUAAUCCUGUGCUAUGUUCUCUCGCAGUGGGCACACCAAAGCCUAGCUUUCUGUUUCUGGAUCGUCUUUACCGAAAAUCCACUGCUUCACCCGAUGAAAAUAUGUGGCUUGCUCGUGCACUCGAUUCAAUUUUUGAAAAACUCAAAUCAGAGUUGGAUCAAGAUCCGGUGUUCAGAAACCUAUAUGCACAGGCAGUGCUCUUCCUCUGUCUUGAAUGUACUAGCCAUGAGACGCGGAAACUUACUUCCGCAUUGGCAUGCGAGUGGUUCAAACAAGACCCAAAACUCGUUUGUCAUUUUCUAAUGGAAGGGUUGCGGACGCAAGCACUCAAGAGUACUACUUAUGAUCUCUUUAAUAGCUCAACGUUAGGUGCAAGGCUGAAGAGUCUAUUGGCGUCAAUGUUCAAAAACACCAAGAACAUGAGUGCAGAGGUGCGACGUGAGUUGCUUGUCGAAAGUUUUGUAACGUCGCACCACCAGGUCGUAGAUGAUUCCUCGUCGCUCUGGAUAGGCCUUGUGCGCACAGCGGCACUUGACCCGGAAGAAGUAAUCUCGUCGAACUUCAAACGCUUGACGCAACACAUUCAAGACUCAAUAACCGCGGUGUCUGCAGACAGUAACCACCUCUGUGAUGCGGCCUACCGCGCCGUAACCACAAUGUGCCUUGUGACACCCCAACUCGCCUAUCCUGAAAUAUCAGAGUAUGUCAGGGAAUCCUUGGAUCCUGAGAAAUUUAUUCACAUAGGGUCGUUUGAGUUGGGAGUGUGGAAUACACCGCCCGGGCAGACAUUUCAUGAUGUCCUCGCCCCACAACAGCAAAAUCAAGUGCAAGGUAGAAAUGGGCAAGACUCGAUUGAAAAAUGGGAGCAAGAACUAAGGGCAAGCCUAGAACAGAAAAAAGCCGGUGGAGCCAAGAUCUUGACAAAAGCGGAAAAGGCUUUGGUUGAUGCACAGCUUUCCAAAGAAACAGAUGUGCGAGCUCAAGUUACGGAAGCCUUGACGAAACUCAAACAUGGAUUUUGUCUGAUCCAUAGUCUGAUGCAAGCUCGCAAAGCCGCCGAGAAUGUCAUCACAGACUACGCGGCAUCGCUCGUUGAUAUAUGUUUAAAGGCUUUACAGCUUGAAGUCGUCACUUUGAUCCCAACGGAGGGCUUCGUGGCAUUUUCUGUCAUGGGUGACUUUUGCACCGAACGUCUGGGCUCGUCUCGCCUGCCGCUUACGAUGUGCAUUCUACGAGGGCUGGGUACUAAAGUGGUACCAGCUGACAUGACUGCCGAGUCGCUCUCCGACCUCAUCACCCGGACGUUGUACAAGAUCAGAUCAUUGGCUGAGCAGCAGGCAAUCGACUGCAGGACAUUUUGUUAUUUUGCUCCACUCCUGUCUCAUGUUAUCACGAAAGGAGGCCUGGGCAUCACGGCUUCACAGAUUGAAGAAUCUUUAGAGCAAGUUGCUCUAGCAGUGGACAUCAUCAGUUUUGCGGGGCCCGAAGCCACAAAAAUUCAAGACCUCAGAUCACGAUUGAUACAAGAUUGUCUUUCUGUCAUCAGCAAAUACCCACAGUUGAUCAAAGCUGCUACAUCAGCCCUUGUGGCUGUUGUAGCAGCUGCCUCGUCUGAUGCGACUGAUCAAGACAUUCAUAUCCUAUCAUUAGGAUUUCUUUCCGCGGAAUCGCAAGCCAGAUACGCCGCGUUGCAGGCUGCUCAACCAUUGGAUAUGACAGAUAUCGGAUGGUCUCUCGAACUAUGGAUAGCUUGUCACGAUGAAGAUGAACGGAAUGCAAACUUAGCUUCUGACUUGUGGUUGGAAAAUGGACUUCAAACCCCCGAAUGCUGUCUUAAAUCCUUAUUGGAGCUCUUAGAACAUCAUGCUCCGGCCAUCAGAAACGCGGCUGCAAAGUCGGUUGCGGAGACAGUUAAGAUCUAUCCGCAUCUAGGAAAAGUUGCGCUGGCAGAAAUAGCCAUUCGCUACCAAUACCUCGCAAGGGAGCUAGUACCCGAAUAUGAUAAGUUCGGAAUGAUCAUACCCGAAUCACUAGACCGCAAUGAUCCUUGGCAACACAGGCUAGCACAAGCACAAGCAUUUUGUUUAUUAGCACCUUCUUGGGAAAACGAUGACAUACUACCACUGUUUGAUUUCCUUGUUGCUCAAAAAGCUCUUGGUGAUAGAAACGAAGAGGUCCGCACACGUAUGCUGGCUGCCGGCAAUGCGGCUAUAGAUUUGAGAGGAUCCGAACAUCUUGAAAAACUCAUUUCGAUUCUUGAAGAUAUCCUCACUCGAAGUGGGACUGGGACAGACGCUGCGGAUCACAUCACGGAAGCAGCUGUUCUCCUUUUUGGAAGGGUGGCCCGCCAUCUACGUGCGGAUGACGAAAGGCUCAAGGUCGUAAUCACGCGCUUAGUCGAUGCUCUCAAAACUCCCUCUGAAGUCGUUCAAAGCGCUGUAUCCGACUGCCUACCACCAUUGGUGCGGCUUCGAAAAGAGCAGGUGCCUAUCCUCAUCCAACGGCUUCUCAAUGAUACACUUAAUGCCUCAAAAUACGCCGAGCGAAGAGGUGCGGCUUAUGGAUUGGCUGGGGCCAUCAAAGGACGUGGGAUGACAUCCAUUCAAGAAUUCUCGAUAGUUGAUCGCUUACGUGACGCAUUAGAAGAUAAGAAGAAUUCCCGGGCUCGACAAGGAUCUUUAUUUGCGUUUGAGAUAUUGGCUGGCUCUCUGGGUCGACUGUUUGAACCGUACUUGAUCCCAACGAUAUCCGCUAUGCUCGCCGCAUUUGGAGAUAGUGCAGCUGAAGUUCGAGAAGCCAUACAGGAUACCGCCAGAGAAAUAAUGCGUGGACUUUCAGGGCACGCCGUCAAACUAAUUUUGCCCUCUUUGCUCAAUGGAUUGGAUGAUAAACAAUGGAGAACUAAAAAAGGCGCCAUUGAAUUGAUGGGCGCCAUGGCGUACCUAGCGCCAAAACAGCUCUCAAUGUCACUCCCGACAAUCAUUCCUCGCUUAACCGAAGUACUGACAGAUACCCACGCUCAAGUUCGCGCAGCUGCCAAUAGCAGUCUCAAGAGAUUUGGAGAGGUUGUGUCCAAUCCAGAGAUCUCUGCAAUGCAAAACAUCCUAUUGGCAGCCUUAGUCGACCCGGCAAGAAAAACCGGCAAAGCGUUAGACAAUCUCUUGGGUACAGCUUUCGUGCACUACGUGGAUACGUCUUCUCUUGCUCUCAUUGUCCCUAUCAUUGAGAGAGGUCUUCGAGAAAGGAGUGCAGACAUCAAACGAAAAGCUACGCAGAUAGUUGGCAAUCUGGCAACUCUUGCUGAAGCUAAGGACCUUUCACCCUAUCUACCCCAAUUAAUGCCCCGAGUAAGACAAGUUUUGGUUGAUCCAGUACCUGAGGCCCGGGCGACUGCGGCAAAAGCUCUGGGUAGUUUAGUCGAGCGCUUGGGUGAAGAAAGCUUUCCCGAUUUGGUUCCUUCACUUUUCGACACUCUGAGAACCGAGGUGCCUGGUGUCGAUCAGCAAGGAGCGGCUCAAGGUCUUAGUGAGAUCAUGUCCGGCCUGGGAACCGAGAAACUUGACGAUCUACUGCCUGAUAUCAUUACAAACACAAGUAGUCCUAAGGCGUUUGUUCGUGAAGGAUUUAUCUCGUUGUUAGUUUUCCUGCCAGCGACAUAUGGAGACCGAUUCUCGCCAUAUCUUGGUAGAAUCAUCAGACCAGUCCUGAACGGACUUGCUGAUGACUCUGACUAUGUACGAGACGCCUCGAUGCGAGCCGGUAGGAUGAUUGUGAUCAACCACAGUACCAAGGCUAUAGAGCUACUCAUGCCGGAACUUGAGCAAGGUCUUUUCCACGAAAGCUGGAGAAUUCGACAAAGCUCUAUACAGCUCCUGGGAGAUCUGCUGUUCCGCAUUUCCGGGAUCGCUGCCAAAGCAGACCUUGGGAACGAAGAAGGAGAAGAGGAUGAAGUCGCGAUGCCUAGUGCUGAUGCCUCCCGAGUCGCUUUGGUCGAUACGUUGGGCAAAGAACGACGAGACAGGGUUUUGGCUGCAGUUUAUAUCACUAGACAGGAUUCUUCGUCUAUCGUCCGCUCGACAUCGGUUCACAUCUGGAAGGCAUUAGUUAAUAACACCCCAAAAACAGCGCGCGAAAUCAUGCCAACGCUGAUGCAAACAUUAAUUCGCAUUCUCGCAAGUCCUGGCGAAGAGCAGCGGGAGACUGCUGCCCGGACGCUUGGCGAGUUGGUUAGAAAGCUUGGUGAAAACAUCUUGGCUGUAAUCAACAAAACUCUACAAAGCGCCAUGCAAUCUGAAGAUGUGCGUGUUCGUCAGGGAGUCAGUUUGGCCGUCAUCGACAUCAUCGCCAGUAUUUCUCAGACGCAGCUAGAAGAUAACCAGGGCCCGCUCAUUGCAAUUGUAAGGUCUGCUUUACUCGACAACAGCGAUAGUGUUAGGUCUACCGCUGCCAAGGCAUUCGAUGCGCUCCAACAAAGAUUGGGUAGUAAAGUCGUUGAAGAAACCCUACCUGCCCUUCUACACGCCCUUCGACAAUCCGGAAGUACCCCGGCCGCCUCCCUGGCCGCGCUCACAGAGUUAAUGCGUGUAGGGGCAUCGAGCAUACUGCCUCAGAUUUUACCGGUUCUUACCAAGUCACCAAUUACUGCUUUCAACGCUCGAGCAUUGUCGAGCUUAGUUUCGGUAUCCGGAGGCUCGAUUGCCAGAUACAUAUCUGCAGUGGUUGAUAGUCUCAGGUCUUCAUGGAGUGUUGAAACAGAUGAAGAGAUACGCGAGGCCAUAGACUCCUCUCUACGCGUCAUUUUUGGUUCCUUAGAUGAACUGGACAGCAUCAACUCUCUAAUGAUGCAUUUACUGGAAGUUGCAAAGUCCCCAACGCCCAGCAAGCGGGUGGAUGGUUGUGACUUGUUCGGAAUCUUUUGUGCUUCCAAUACCUCCGAUCGAUCGGAGUACAACGUCCUUUGGAUCCGCCAACUAGUAUCCUUGCUUGAUGAUCCUGUUUCAGAGGUGGUCAAUUCGGCUUGGCUUGCAGUGGAAGAGAUGGUCAAAGCCAUGCCCAAAUCUCAAAUGGAUGCCUUGGUUAUACCCUUACGACGGACAAUCGAAAGUUCUGGGCUUCCGGGUCGUUAUCUGCCAGGGCUUUCGCGUCCAUCAGGGCUCAAGCCAUUUAUGCCCAUACUUUUGCAAGGUAUCUUAGCCGGUACAGCAGAGCAGCGCGAGCAAGCCGCGCUUGCUUUCGGAAACCUUGUUGAGAGGACCUCCGAAGAACAUGUCAAGCCGUAUGUUACCCAAAUCACUGGGCCUUUGAUUCGGAUCAUGGGCGACCGAUUCCCUGCUCCUGUGAAGUCCGCUAUCCUUCAGACUUUGGCAAUAUUACUAAUGCGCAUACCCCAAUAUGUCAAGCCAUUCUUCCCUCAACUCCAAAGAACUUUUAUGAAAUCUCUUCACGAUGGAACUUCGAUCACUGUGCGAAACAAGUCAAUCGCUGCUCUAGGUCUUUUGAUGAAACAUCAGCCGCGCAUAGAUCCUCUAAUAAUUGAACUGUUAGGUAGCAUACAAAACUCGGAAGACAAAGAAAUUCGUGAAUCUUUCGUCUCUGCUCUUUCUGCGGUUGUGGCCAGUGGUGCAGCUAAUAUUACAGAAGGACCGAUGAACGAUAUCGUCAAGUUGAUCGAAGAGAUCUUUCAUGAUGAACGCCACUCUGAACCUUUGGCACUCGCACUAUCAACUUUGGGCAGCGCAGUGACCCGCUUCAAGCCAUCUCGGAUUUCCAAUGUCAUUAGCUUCAUCUUGUCCAACCCACCCACAGCAGUGGGGGCUGUUUGCAUACGAGAAAUGAUCGAGAAUGCAUCCGAAGCUUUGUAUGAAUUGGGAAUCGAACAGGAUGUGGUCGAUUUUGUUUUGAGCAAUUCGGCAGGAGGUGUACCUCCGAAUAUUGGCAGACCACUACGAGAAGCGAAGGAGUUGCUCUCGACUACUCCAAAAUUCUGCAAUGAUGAAAGAGUGCAGAGUAAAAUUUAAGACAGGUUAUCAUCCAGCGUUUGUAGAGUUUUGGCUUAUAACCAUUAAUAUGUCAAUAUAAAAUCACCCUUCGUUUCUUGCGCUGGAAAACAAAGCACUCACGAUCUGAUUCGAAUCUUCGGGUUUACCUUUUUAAGCUCUUGACCGUUACAUGAGAUACAUCCCUUGCCAAAGUUGAGUGUUGAGUAAACCUAUCUAUACAGAACGAAAGAUCCAAUACCCUGCAGAACAAAAUCCUCAUGGCUUACCCAUCCGAGAGCAAAUUCUUG